AUGUUUAGAUUAAUAAAUUCAUCUCAAGGUCUAAGGCCAACAUUAAUUUCCAAAAUAAAAUUAGCUAAAAAUCAAAAUAUAACACCAUCAUCAUCAUCAAUUACAACUAAUCCUAAUAUAGAAUUUUUUAGAAAUAAUGCAACUAUAUCAACAAGUCAUAGUAAUAAUAAUAUAUCGCCUAAAUUACAAGAAAGAAAUAUCACUAAUGAAUAUAAAGAAAAAUUUCAAAAUUAUCAUCAUAAAUAUCAUAAACCAACUCAUUUAAAUCGUUGGAAUAAUCAAGAUGAUAAAGAAUAUAAAGAUUUAGAUAAUUUAUCAAAUUUAAUACAAGAUGAAUCUUUUAAAAAUCAAAUGAGUGAAUUAAAUUUAUAUAAAUAUUCUGCAAAUUUAUAUAGUGCAACUAUAACAUCAAGAAGAUCAAGAUUAGGAAAAUCAAGAAAUAGAGAUAAAGAUCAAGCAGAAGCUUUUAAUGAAGAUUUAACUUAUCAAACUGCUAUAAUAAAUUUAUCAGAAAUGAUUGCCCUGGGUGAUUUCAAUAAAAUUUUAUCAACAAGAAUAUUAUUCAAAGUAUUUGGUACUUUAUUACAAUUUAAAUUAUAUAAUGAAAUCUUAAAUUUAUGGGAAAAUGGAGUAAGUCAAUCAGAACAAGAAAAAGAAAAUAAUAAUAAUGAAAAUAAUAUUGGUCAAUUAUAUUUAAGUCAUGAUGUAUUAUCAAUUGUUUUACAGGUUGCUUAUGAAACCAAGAGAUUUUCUUAUGAAGAAAUUAAAUCGAUAUAUAAUAUGAGUGUUAAUGAAAAUGAACCAGUACAUCCAUUCUUAUCUGAUAGAAUUGGUCAAGUGGCUAUAAGUGAAGGUGAUCAUGGAAGAGGUUUAGAUGCAUUAGAAGCAUUAAUGAAUUCAUAUGAAACUAAUCCCGAAGAAAGAUCCAUUUUAGGUGGAUUAGCUCAAUUACAUUUAUCCUUUAUUGGUAAUUGUAAAGAUACUGUUAUUGCCAAAAGAUUUUUUGAAAAAGCUAUAGAUAAUUCAGAUGGUUUACCUUAUGUUGUUGUAUUAAAAGCUCCUUAUAUGGUUUCAUUUUUACAAAAUUGUUCAGAUGCAGGUGAUUCAACUGAAGAUAUAAUUGAAUUAUGGAGUCGUAUUGCAAAUCAUUAUACUGAAAAUGUUAAUGACCUUUCAUCAAAAUCUGCUACAAUUAACACUGGAUUGUUCAAAAUAUUUUUUGGUAAAUAUCCAAACCCGGAUGAAGAAUCUAUAAAAUUGUUAAAAUUAAUAUUCACAAAAUGUCCAAAAAUUGAUGAAGUGUUUUUAAAUACAUUAAUUUCAAAUAUGACAUGGAAAGAUAAAUCAUUAAUUCAAGAUGUUAUAGAUGCAUUUGAUAAAUUCAAUGUUGAAAAAAGUAUAAUUUCAAAUCGUGUAAUUUUAAAACAAGCAGGUACAGUUGAUUAUUCAUAUGAAGAAAUAUUAAAACUUUGGAACAACUUGUUAUUAAAAUUAGAUGAAGAACAUUAUAGAUAUAUUGCAAAUGCAGAUUGGUCAUCAUUAAGAGCAGCUACUGUAUUUUCAGAAAGUUUUAAAUCAAAAGAAAGAGAUGCAUUAUAUUAUUCACUUUUAAAACAAUAUAAAAAUUAUAUGCAACAUGAUAAAGCAUGUAUAAAUUUCUUACGUGGUUGGAUUAAAAAUGCAGAUAUAUACAAAAAUGUUUCAAGAAUAACCACCGAAACAAAUCCAAAAUUUGAAAAUGAAAUUGAUAUUAAAAUUCCAAAUUUCAAAUAUUUAAAAGAAAAUGUAAACUAUCCAAAAAUUACUCAAAAAAUUACCGAUGCUAAUCCAAGAUUAAUGGAAUAG